AUGUGUUUAUUUUUCAUUGUUGUACAAGAAAACAUAGACUUUUCACGGAGUAGGAGGAAUUAUAAUAACCGUAGAGGAAAGUGGGCCAACAAGAGAGAGUUUAUUCUGGCAGUGGUUGGAGAAAUCAUCGGCCUAGGGAACGUCUGGAGAUUUCCCUAUCUCUGCUUCAAGAAUGGAGGCGGUGUCUUCUUGGUCCCAUAUGUGCUGUUCCUGGUGACCUGUGGGAUCCCCAUCUUCUUCCUGGAGGUGUCAUUGGGACAGUUGACCGGUCAAGGAGGAAUCACGUGCUGGAGGAAAAUAUGUCCUUUACUUGAAGGUAUAGGCUACGGCAAUCUCCUGAUCAUGCUGUACACGGUAAUGUAUUACAUCGUCAUACUAGCGUGGGCCUUCCUUUACUUCUUCUCCUCCUUCAAAUCUGAACUCCCAUGGGCCAGCUGUAACAAUACCUGGAACACAGGCAACUGUGUUGAUUACCGAAAGAGUCAUUCAGCAAAUAUGAGCCUCACUGCAAAUGUGACAUCUUCUGUUGAAGAAUUCUGGCAGCGGAGGGUCCUAAGUUUGUCUAGCGGAAUUGAGGAAAUGGGAAGUGUUCGAUGGGACCUGGCUGGAUGUCUUGUGCUCAGCUGGAUUACGUGUUACUUUUGUGUGUGGAAAGGUGUUAAAUCUUCAGGAAAGGUCGUCUACUUCACCGCUACAUUUCCCUAUGUGAUGAUGAUUGCUUUGCUGGUCCGUGGUCUGACCUUGCCUGGGGCUUGGGAUGGAAUUCGAUUUUACCUCUCUCCUGAUCCCAAACGUCUGUCUGAGCCACAAGUGUGGAUGGAUGCAGCAAGUCAGAUAUUUUACUCCUAUGCUGUCUGCACCGGAUGUUUGGCAUCUCUGGGGAGUUACAACAAAUACAACAACAAUUGCUAUAAAGACACAUUCGCAUUGUGCCUCCUGAACAGUUCAACGAGCCUUGUCGCCGGUUUUGCAAUAUUCUCAGUUCUUGGCUUUAUGUCAUACGAACUGGGUAUUGACAUUUCAGAAGUAGCGGAAUCAGGUCCAGGCCUCGCAUUCAUUGCUUACCCUCGAGCAGUAGCCAUGAUGCCUUUACCACAACUCUGGGCAGCCCUCUUUUUCUUAAUGAUCAUCUUCCUGGGAGUGGACAGUCAGUUUGUGUAUCUUGAAGGAUUGGUCACAUCCAUAUCUGACCUGUACCCAUCCAUCUUUUUUACUGGACACCAACGCAAACUACUGCUGCUGGGUUUGUGUGGUAUUUCCUUUUGUGUUGGCUUCUGUAUGGUUACUGAGGGUGGAUUGUAUGUGUUUCAACUUUUUGACUACUAUGCCUGCACCGGCAUCCCCUUGAUCGCUUUUGCCAUUAUGGAGUCACUUUGCAUAGGAUGGAUAUAUGGUGCUGAUAAUUAUUAUCAUAAAAUAACAGACAUGAUUGGCUAUCGGCCUUCACUUUACAUGAAGUAUUCUUGGAAGUUUGUGACUCCUUUUUUGUCUACAGGCAUUCUAUUUUUCUUCCUUGUGCAAUUCACCCCUCUGAAGUACAAUAACACCUACCAGUUCCCCUGGUGGGCAUACGCUCUGGGACUAUUGCUUGCAUUUUCUUCAGUUAUCAUGAUACCUCUGUGGAUUCUCUACAGUGUCACAAAAACUCCAGGAUCAAUCACUCAGAGGAUAAAAAAGUUGACAACGCCAACUGACAAGUCCCUCAUUGUAUCACUGAACAAGUCGGGAAAAUUUUCCUAUAUCAAGUCACAAGUGUGUCUAGAAAAGGAGUGA